AUGGCUCUGGGUAAAAAGGCAUAUCCGAGGGCGACCGUCAAGAAGAUCAUCAAGGCACACUCGAACAUGAAUGUCAAGAAGAAUGCAGAUGUCACGAUAUUCUUGAACUACGUCCUUUUCAUGGAAACACUUGUCAAAGAAGCAGCCAUCUACGCCAAGCAGUCUGGCGAGCGCGGCUUGACUGCAAGAAGUGUAAACAAGGUGACGCGGGACACGCUGGCCAAGUUUAAGGGCUGA